GUGUGUGUGUCUGUGUGUGUGUUUUCCCCUCCUAUUACUGCUGCUCAGCCUCCCGAGCACCAGUACUGGAGUGUGACAAGAUCAGCUAUGCAGUGUGUGAACCAGCUCUCAGCUCAAGCCUGGUGGUAAAUCCUGGCCAGCACACACUUCAAAAGGUUUGUUGGAGACUUCUGCUGGUUCUGCUGAUUGAGCUGAGUGCAAGGAAAGCACAGAGCUCCAGAUGCCAUUUGCUGAAGUGGAUGUGAGUAAUAAGAGGACACACCGAGUGACCAGAAAGUCGGCGAGCGGAAGAAACCAUUUCCUUUUGUUUGCCUUCUGAAGAACCUUGAUUACUACUUGUUUCCGCCGCGUACGGAAACGUGAGGGCUUUGCUCGAAGCUCAAAACGUCUUUAUGGGAAAGUAGUCGUGGUCUUUGUCUAGAACAGUAUUCUGAUUUGAAUUCCUAGAACUAAAGCAAAAACAAGAGAAAAUCCAAGCAAAUAAAAAGGACUUAAUAAGUGUAAGGAUGGCGAAUUCAGGAUUUCAGCUCCUGGGCUACUUCUUGGCUCUGGGCGGAUGGAUCGGGAUCAUCUCGACUACGGUGCUGCCCCAAUGGAAGCAGUCGUCGUACGCAGGAGACGCCAUCAUCAUGGCAGUGGGGCUGUACGAGGGUCUGUGGAUGUCCUGUGCAUCCCAGAGUACAGGACAGGUGCAGUGCAAGAUCUUCGACUCGCUGCUGUCCCUCGACAUCCACAUUCAGACGUGCCGAGCUCUGAUGGUCAUAUCUGUGCUGAUGGGCUUCAUUGGCAUUAUAGUGAGUGUAGUGGGCAUGAAGUGCACCAGGGUGGGUGACAACAACCCUGCCACCAAGGGCAAGAUCGCUGUGGCAGGAGGAGGCCUCUUCCUACUCGCAGGUUUGUGUACGCUGGUGUCUGUAUCCUGGUAUGCAACGCAAGUCUCUGUUCACUUUUUCGAUCCAAACACACCUCUGAAUGCCAGGUAUGAAUUUGGCUCCGCCCUGUUUAUUGGAUGGGCGGCGGCCUGCUUGACGAUCCUGGGAGGCUCCUUCCUCUGCUGCUCCUGCGCUAACGAGGCCCGAGGAGGGCAGCAGUACUACCGGCAAUCGCAACCCUCUACUGCCAGGGAGGCUGAGUUAUUGAGUGAGACUAGUUUCCCUGACUGACCAAACCUCCCUGCCUUUACUCGAGGACUGGUCAAGCUCCGCUCUCUGUUUUUGUCCCUACUCUACUUCUACCUAGAUUUCAAAUAUCGGAUCUUUGUCUGUCUGCUAUACACCGUGUCACGUCUUCAUUCUUUAAGUCAGAACCCGAUGAAGAAAAAAUGUGGGUCGAAGCCACACUUUUUUGUGUGUGUUUGCAUGUGUGUGCGUAUGUGUGUGCGUGUGUAUUAUCCUCUGUCCCUAAAUCGUCGUUAUAAAUGUGUACGCAUUAUUCUCUCUAACAUUAUUCACGCAACAAGUAUGAAUUUUUACUUUAAUUUUUUUUUUUUGCAAACUUAAACGUGUCUUUUUCUUUUAAAUUGCAGAGCAAAUGUUAAAAGUUCUCCACCAGACAAAGGGGAGCAGUUCUUGUAGUUUGGGAGAGGGCAACUCCGUUGGUCUCACGCUGGGUUAGAUUUUGGCAACUGACAAGACACUCUCUUGGUAAUAAAUAAGUACAAUUUAAAAAAGUUACAGUUUAAGAUUAAAUUUUUUUUUCAAUGUUAACAACAACAACAACAACAACAACAACAAAAACAACAGAAAUGACGUACUACUGUUAUAAACCAUCUGUACUGUUUGCCACCUUGUACAUGCUUCUGAAUGCAUUCUUAAAUAUAAAAAAAUAAAAAAUACAAAUAAAAAAAUAUGACGUGAUAUUGUACUGUACAGGCCUAGUAUUGCUUUAUAUGCCACUGAAAAUAAAAAGAAAUAAAUCAGCAUGGAGUGAGCCAAACGUAGAGAUUGUGAAACUAAAAAGAAAAGAAAGUGUUUUUUUUUUGUUUUUUUUUUUGUAAUAUUAGACCUCAGUUGUAUCUUUCAUGAGACUUGAUUCAGGGUACAUUAACGAUGCAUUUGAUCAGUUAUGCAAGAUAUUGUGUAACAUAAUACUGUUUAAACUUAUAACCAAGCUUUCACUUACAUUUGACUUUUUUUUCUUUCCUAAUCUGAAAACAACACACAUGACUUUCCUGUUCAUUCUUGGAAUAUCCUUCAUUUCAGAGGAUUAUUCCUCACCGUAAUGGCAUUUUAUUGUGUUGUUAUAAACAAACACUGGGCUGCAUUUGAUUUGAUAAGUGCAGUUUCAAUAAAAUGAACCCCCCCCCCCCCCCCCACACACACACACAGAACAGACGCUUUGUCCUGUUGCAUUUUUUUUUUCUUUGAUUUUUUUUUGGUUUGCUGUCUUUUUUUAAACACUUAGUGCACAAAUGAUUUGUGGAACUGAAUUUCAGAUUCUUGACUUGCUCAGGAGUUCGGUUCAGCACACACUGAGAGGCACUCGUCUCCUUUCUUUGAUGAUGGCUGUUUGUUCGCUUGUAAUCACAAAUCCUAUUGUUCUGGAUGUUUUCCAGCCAACAUGUCUCCUAAUAUUGAAGUAUGUAUCAUCUCAGAUAAAGUGUCUUCUGUUUUUUCUGGGUUUUUUUUUUUUCUGUUUUGAAAUGAAAUUAAAAAAAAAAAAACAUUCAAAGUGAA